GCCUACACAGGCACAGCAUCGAGGUGGGCACAGUUCUUGAAAAAUCGCUCGCUUUGCGAAGAUCUCUUAUUUUGUUAUCGUUUUUCUUUUUCGCCCCUUUUUCUUCUCUCUAUCGCAUCCAGUUUCUGUCAUCAAAACUAUGGGCUCGUUUCUAAUUCUGCGCACUAUGCCACUUUUAUAUUUUAUUUUUGUGUGGGUCUCUUUUAUGUCGGUAGCAGAUUGCGAAACUAAUUUGCUGCCUCUCUAAGUCGAGAUUCAUAAAUUUGUUUGGUUGCUGUAGUUGGCAUCUCCUUGGUGUCAGUUUGAUAUGGGUGUAUACCUCAGUACUCCUAAAACAGAUAAAACUUCUGAAGAUGGCGAAAACAAUAGGCUCAGAUUUGGUCUUUCUUCCAUGCAAGGUUGGCGUGCUACAAUGGAAGAUGCUCAUGCAGCGAUACCCGAUCUGGAUACUUCCACAUCAUUCUUUGGUGUUUAUGAUGGUCAUGGUGGAAAGGUGGUUGCCAAAUUUUGUGCUAAGUAUCUUCAUCAGCAAGUGCUCAAACAUGAAGCAUACAUGACUGGUGAUAUAGGGACUUCCCUUCAGAAAGCUUUUUUCAGGAUGGAUGAGAUGAUGCGUGGGCAGAGAGGCUGGAGGGAAUUGGCUGUUCUUGGUGAUAAAAUAAACAAGUUUACUGGCAUGAUCGAAGGUCUCAUAUGGUCCCCUAGAGGAGGGGACAAAAAUGAACAAGUUGAUGAUUGGGCACCUGAGGAGGGACCGCAUUCUGAUUUUUCAGGACCAACUUCUGGUUGUACUGCUUGUGUUGCAGUUGUCAGGGAAAACCAAUUAGUGGUUGCAAAUGCUGGUGAUUCUCGGUGUGUAAUUUCUAGAAACGGCCAGGCAUACAAUCUUUCAAGAGACCACAAACCGGACCUCGAGAUUGAGAGAGACAGAAUUUUGAAAGCUGGUGGUGAUAUGGAAUUCAAGCAGAACAAGUUUUUGCCCGUUGAAAAGCAAAUUGUUACAGCUAAUCCAGAUAUAAACAUUGUUGAACUUUGCGAUGAUGAUGAGUUCAUCGUGCUUGCCUGUGAUGGCAUUUGGGAUUGCAUGUCCAGCCAGCAGUUAGUAGACUUCAUACGUGAGCAGCUGAAAUCUGAAAUGAAGCUUUCUGCCGUGUGUGAAAAAGUGCUCGAUAGAUGUCUAGCGCCUUCUACUGCAGGAGGGGAGGGCUGUGAUAACAUGACCAUGAUACUCGUCCAAUUUAAGAAAAUCACUCACACUCAGACAGCUUCAUCUUCAAAUGAAGUAUCUUCAUCAACUUCCGAGGAACUGGAGGCUAUUGCAGACAAAGGGCUUCUUCCUUUUGCCUUUUGUGUUCUUCGGUGUCUCGAGACCUUUUUCAAUUUCGGUAUGAGUUUUGUACAGAUGCUUCAACACAGAUUUGAACAUCAAUGA